CUUCUUUACCUAUAUAUCUAUAGGCUAUAAUACAUCAAAACAUGGAACUUACUACCAAAACUUGGAAGUUCACGCGCUUGUCUUCAUCGCCUAUCUAAGCUAAUUGAGGAAAUCGUUAAGAGAUAAGGUAUGGCGCAACACGGGUCUUGUGAAAUAGGAAACAAGAAUCGCGAUGAUGGUUUACAAUUUGGAACCGUACUAGUGAAAUUCAAAAAUGAACCGGAGGUCGCAAUACGUGAUGCCAAGUAUGAGCUGUUGUUGAAUCUAAGAGGGCAAAGGACAGGCAAUGAUCAAUUAGGAGGUGAUAUUGUGAUGGUGUUAGAUGUACGAGACGGAAUAAAAGCAGAAAAGCUCAAGGAAAUGAAACAAGCCGCUCAAAUGGUGAUCAACAAACUUAGCCCUUCUGAUCGUUUGUUGAUCGUAACUUUGCCAUCGAAAUCGGAAAAGGCGGCGAGGUAUAUGCGUUACAUGAAUCCAGAGUCUAAAGCACUUGAAGAAUAUAUUGUCCAGAAUUUAGUAGUGGGUGGUAAUGCUGCAACUAACAAUAUCAAUGGUGCACUUAAAACGGCUUUGAAUGAUCUUGAUCAUCGCAAAAAAGUUGCUGGGCGUUCCGGCGCAAUCAUACUUAUGUCUGAUGAUGGUGUACAUAAUGAAAGUGGUCGCGCGACUAAAAUUUGUAUUGAUCAUUAUCCCGUCUAUGUUUUCUGUUUUGGGAACGGCUCCCAGGUUCUUAAAGAGAUUGCAACAAACAGCAAAGACGGGAAAUUCAAUUUGGUAAAUCCUGAAAAUCUGAGCGAGGUGGUCUCGGAAUGUUUGGAUGGGAUUCUUAGUGUUCCGGUUCACGAUGUUAAUCUAGUUAUCAAACCACUGACAAGUUCGGUGACGAAAACAGCAAAGAUUACAACCAAAAUCAACAAGGUUUAUGCAGGAAAAUAUCCACAAUCAAGAGAGGAACAAACUGGUUCUGUAACUGUUUCGUUUGGCAAUCUCUACAAGAGAGAAAAACGCGCAGCUGUCGUCGACCUUUCUCUUCUAGACAUCGCUAAUCCGAUCGACAUCAACGCUCUUCAAAUCUUUUGCACUUACAGGGGUGAAACUGGAAUUUUGAAAACCAAUCCACUCAUAUUUCGUGUUAAACGACGCACCGCACCAACAGUGACACAAUCAACACGAACUUAUGCAAAAAGUGUGGAAAUGGCUAAGCGUGAAUUGGAGGGCACAUCAGUUACUCCCAUCACUCCGAAAUUAAUGGUAGAAAAGUACGGGCCAUAUGGUUCUCAAAAUCCCGAAAACUACAGCUAUAAAUUUCAAGAAGGUGAAUCCAUAAAACAUGUGAUAGUAAGGUACGGAUACAUCGUGGAUGCAAUUGAGUUCGUUGUUGCUAAGCCAAAUGGAGACACCUACACUAAGAUGUUUGGUGGCGAUAACGAAAAUCAGUCCAUUAAGUUUGCAUUCAAAUCCGGCGAAAAGUUAACUCAAUUUAGCGGCACAUAUGGAAACUACAAAUACCAGGGUAAUCAAUGUCUCAUUGCCACAAUAAAAAUUCAUACCAAUUUAUGUCCAAGCGGAUAUGGGCCAUUUGGGCGAGGAAUGGGAGUCGAACAUGUGCGUAAUUUCUCAACGCCACUCCCACUUAACGGCCCUAUUGUCGGAGUAUUUGGAAGGCACCACAACUAUCUCGAGUCUGUUGGAAUUUUCGUCAAAAAGAUAACAAGUUGAUCAGGAUCGCUCAAGCUCAUAUGUAUGAAGUUGAAGUCUUUCCACAAAUUAUGCAAUUGGUAUGUCCGUAGAAUUUUUUUGUUUCCAAUAAGCCACCCCCCAUCAUGUCUUCCACAAAGUGGCCACUCAAGUGUGAUUUGUAAUCAUUAAUUUUCUUGAGUGAUGUUGUACUUGUGUUGGUUUAAAUAUAACUUAUGACCUUGUUUUCUGUUAUGAAUAUAAACUUGUUAAAUA